AUGUACAAAUCCUGGUACAUAGACGAACGCAACCGACAGUUAAAUGACGCUAAAUUCUACAGACAACUAGACGGGGACAUUACUGACACUAUUCAACAGCGUGUUACGGUUUACAUUGAACGCAUGUUUAACGAUGGUUACAUUGACGAAAAGACUAAAAAAGUACCUAGUACAAACAAACGUGAAACCAGGACGUUUUUACAUACUACCUAAAAUACAUAAAACGGGAAAUCCUGGACGCCCCAUAGUUUCAUCUAACAGCCACCCUACUGAACGAAUCUCACAAUUUGUUGACUACCACAUUUACCCUCUCGUCUCUACAUUGGAUUCACACAUUAAGGACACUACUGACUUCCUUAAUAAACUUUCUAACCUCGGUAACCUACCUAACAACGCUAUUCUUGUAACUCUUGAUGUGUCAUCGCUUUACACCAACAUUCCACACAAGCAAGGAAUUGAUGCAUACCGUCAUUUUCUUGAUACCCGCCCUAACAAACACAUCCCCACAGAGACACUAUGUGACCUCUCCACUAUGUGAUUCUCACCAUGAAUAAUUUCACAUUUAACCAACAGCAUUAUCCUCAAAUCCAUGGUACUGCUAUGGGUACUAAAAUGGCUCCUUCUUUUGCUCACCUUUUUCUUGGUAUCUUCGAAACCAACGCUCUCACUAACGACCCUUGGCAGCCUCACACAAUCUGGACAGAAGGUUCGGAUCGUUUGAAAAUAUUCGUCGAUUAUCUCAAUAACAUUCAUCCCACUAUUAAGUUCACUAGCUCUCACUCACUUACUAACGUUCCCUUUCUCGACGUCAUGGUGUCUCUACAUAACGGUAUAAUUGAAACUGAUCUAUUUACUAAACCCACGGAUAAACAUCAGCACCUUCUCANUCGUACUAACGCGUUACAGACUAAACCUAAAACUUCUAACGAUGUUGUACCAUUUGUUGUCACAUAUAACCCAGCACUUCCACGCAUUUCUAAUAUCCUACGAAAACAUUUUAACAUCUUACACUCUUCAACCGUUGCAAAGACGUCUUUAAGCAACCGCCUUUUGUUGCUUACAGACGUAGCCCUAAUCUUCGUGACAUUUUAGUUAAAGCACAAUUACCCGUUAUCUCCAACAAUCAUUUUCCGCCAGGCUCCUUCCGCUGUGGACAAAAUUGUGCCACUUGUCCAUAUAUUACUAACGGCCUCACACGUUAUUCCUUUUACGCUACAGGUGAAACACGCUCAAUCACUUCACACAUCACUUGUAACACUAAAAACGUGAUCUACAUGGUUCAAUGUAACCGUUGUAAUUUACAAUAUAUAGGUGAAACUAAGCGACGUCUCAAGGACAGAUUAAACGAACACAGAUGUGCAGUCGACAAAACUAACAUUAAAUCUAAACCCACUACUGUUUCUGAACACUUUCUCUCUCACUCUAACCAUUCUCAUACUGACAUGCAGUUAAUCCCACUAGAGAAAAUUCACUCUUCACGUGACUCAGUUCGU